AUGGAUUCUUAUAGCUAUGGCGUUCUCUUAUGCGAAAUGAUAACAUGCCAUUUUCCAAACGCAGAAAAGUUUGAGACUGUCAAAGUCAGCUCACCUCAGUUGUAUGAACUCAUAGUUUUGUGUAUCAAUGAAGAACCAGACAAACGACCAACAAUGUCUGAAAUAAUUCUCAAAUUGGAUCGUUGUAUUGCUAAUAAUCAAAUCAAGGGUGUCACUCCUAAUUACCGCCUUUAUCGUGAUCCUCAAGUUGUAUUGUAUGCUGAACCCAUUGAAGUUGCUCCAGUAGAAGAAAGAGAAAUAGAAUAUCUACUAGCAGUACAACGACCUAGUUCAAGAUUAAAGGAGUACUUAAAUGAGGUGGAUAAGAAGAUGAAGAGGGAUCUGGUAGUUGGUGAUAAGGUGGUCUUCAAAUUAGAAAUCGCACCCAGAACACCGAAUGCACAAGUCUAUGGUAUAAUACGUUCUAUUGGUCCUCAUCCUGAUAGUGAUGGAAUAGUCUUUGGCAUUGAAAUAGAUGCACAUGAUCAAGCAUAUCGUGGUAAAGGUACCAGUAAUGGUAGACCUUAUUUCUCCUGUGGACUCAAAAAUGCUGUCUUUGUUGCUAUGGAUAAGAUAAUUAAGAAACGUGAUCUAUCACUUGCUACAUCUAGCCAGGGAUUACCUGAACCUACUGUCGUGAAGCAACCUAGAUCAAAUAUGAGGAGCCAAAUGAAAUCUGGUGCUGCCAGUGGUCAACCUAAACCUGGUGUCUAUGAUAAAUUGAAAGGUCUUGUAAAAGAUGCAGUUUCGACCUUUGAUGACUAUGCAGCAGAAGAUAGAGGAAGAUUUGAAGCAGGAGAUAUAUCUGGUCAUAAAUCACAAUUCAAAGAAGGUGAUCGUGUGAUAAUACAGACAGUUAAAGAAGAAGUAGUUGCUGGUACAGUGAGGUGGGUGGGGCCAGUUAGAAUUUCCAAAGAUAUGAAAAUUGAUCCUCUUCCAGUAGUAGGAAUAGAAACAGAUAUAAAAAUUGAUCCUAUAAAAGAUUUUGAUGGUGUCGAUAUUAAUAUCACUGGUAGUCAUGGUACUAAGCUUUUUAAAGUGGCACCUAAUCACAGCCGGGUGUUCCUUCCUGAACAACUGGUUCUUACUAUCAAUGAGUAUACACUACAGCAACAGAAGGAUGCUGCUAAAUUUAAGAAAGAAACUGAACAAGAUGAUGCUACUGAAGAAGAGAAAAGAUUAGCUACAGAGUUUUUUAUGUCAGUAGCAGAAUAUCGACGACAACAGCAAGGCUAUGUUGAUGCUGUCAAGCGAGGAAUGGAUGACAGGAAAGUACCUGAAGAUCCAAAAAUUGGAGAAGGAAGCAAUGAGGAAAGGAUGGCAAUAAGAGGAGAUCGAGUUAGUAAAGAAAGAAUUGAAGAAGAAGAAAGAGCCUUUGCAGAAAUAAAAUCGAAACAGAAACAGGAGCAACAAGAGAAUCAUGAACAGCAACAACAUGAAGAUUAUCAGGUGAUUGAAGGAGGGAUUGAAGAGAGUAUGGCAGAAGACAGUUAUGUACAUUUAUCACCUCAUGUUUCAUCUUAUGAACAGGAUAAUGGAAGAGGAAGAAGAGACAAUAAUCAGCAGCAACAACCUAACCUACCUGCAAUGGCUGAAGGUAUGAGGGUCAAACAACCACAUCAAUCACAGCAGUCUCCAAAAGCUCAACACCUUUACAAUGAAGGAGGAGGAAGAGAAACAGAAAGUCUUCCAUCUCUUCUUAAUGAUGGUACUGCACGUAAUCAUGAUUAUGACUUUUCUUGUCAUUAUGAUCUUAAUAUUCAAGAUUGGAGUCAUCAUGAUGAUCAUGAUCAUUCUCAGUAUCCACCUGAUCCUUCUUAUCCGAGAGAUCCUCAUCAAGGUCCCCCUACUGGUCCUCCUCCUGAUCCUCAUCAUCAGUUCACUAUUGGCUCAAUG